UCCCCAAGGCUCAGAGCAGAGGGGGCAAGAGACACAGACCCAGCAGGCCGGAGUGCGACUGAGGGGACGGAGCAGAGGGCAGCUGUGGCACAGGAGCGGUGCCCAGAGCAGAUGCAUGGUCACCGCGCAGCAUGAAGAUGGGGGCACAGGGCAGGGGAAGCCCCCCCACACCACGGUGCAGAGGCUCCUGACCUGGGGGCUGCCGGCCCCCUGCAGCCGGUUCCUGUGGCGCCGGCCUGGCGAGUUUCCGGUCACCGCCUUGCUGCUGGGCGCUGGCACCGGAGGGCUCCUGGCCGUGGGUCUCUUUCAGCUCCUGGUGAACCCCAUGAACAUCUAUGAGGAUCAGAAGAUGGCGGCCUUGUACGGCCUGGUGGGCUUGGGGGCCGUGGGCUGGGGGACCUCCCCUCACAUCCGCUGUGCCAGCCUCCUGCUUGUACCCAAGAUGCUGGGCAAAGAGGGCAGGCUCUUCGUGCUGGGGUACGCCUUGGCUGCCAUCUAUGAGGGCCCCGCGGCCAACCUGCGGCGCAACGUCAACGAGGUGGUGGCCUCGCUGGGCUGCACCGUGGAGCUGCAGGUCAACAACACUCGGGCCGCCUGGCGCGUCUCCACAGCCCCGCUGCUCGCCGUGUUCAAGGGCCUGCAGGGCAGCCAAGUGUCACUGAAAGCCGAGACUCAGAACAUCUCCAAGUCCUUCGGGGACCUGGACUCCCAGGUGAACAGUGACGUGGGCUACAGCCCCAAGGACUCUGCGGGCUCAGCGGGGAUGGCUCGAGGUGUGGGGACCCACGGAGCCCCGGCCUCCCGACAGCACCUCUCUACACAGAAGAUGUACGAGUUGAAGACCAGGCUGCGCUGUUCCUGUGAGCGAUGCGGAGAUGUCCCUGUGCCCAGGUCCUUCUCCUACGUGGACAGCUAUAACGGGGACAUCCGCUAUGACAACAUCUACAUCAGCACCUACUUCCGUCAGAUCGACGAACGCAGGAGGAAGUUGGGCAAGCGGACUUUGCUGCCGCUCCGCAGAGCCGAGGAGAAAACGGUCAUCUUCCCCUGUGACCCCUUCAUGCAGGCGUCGGAGAUGAGGAACGUGGCCAGGGAGCUUGCGGAGACCGUGCCCGUCCUGCUGCUGCUGCUGCUGCUCUGCGGCCUGGACUGGGCGCUCUACUCCAUCUUCGCCGCCAUCCGCCGCCACUCCUUCCUGCAGUACUCCUUCCGCAGUAGCCAUAAACUGGAGGUGAAAGUCGGGGGGGACUCCAUGCUCGCCCGGCUUCUUCGGAAGACCAUCGGAGCCCUGAACACCUCCUCGGAGACCGUGGUGGAGACCAGCAACCUGCCCUGCCUGCCGCAGCCGGUGAGCCUGAGCCCCGGGGCCUACCUUCGGGCGGCGCUGCCCGCCGGCCUGCUGCUGAGCCUCUGCCUUCUGCAAGCCUUCGGCUACCGGCUCCGGAGGGUCAUCGCGGCCUUCUGCUUCCCCAAGCGAGAGAAGCAGCGGAUCCUGUUCCUCUACAAUGACCUGCUGAGGAGGAGGGCGGCCUUCACGAAGCUGAGGAGGGCGGCCAUCGUGAGCCGGGCACAGCAGCAGGGGGCCCCGCGCCACCCCCUGGCCGACGUCCUGCACCGCCGCUGCCCGCUCCUGCGCCCCUGGUUGCGCCGCCGCUGCGUGGUGUGCCAGGCGCCCGAGACGCCCCAGGCCUAUGAGUGCCCGACGCCGGACUGCGCGGCCGUGUACUGCCGGUCGUGCUGGGACGACAUGCGGCGGCGGUGCCCGGCCUGCACCCCGCGCGAGGAGCUCUCCUCCUCCGCCUACAGCGAUAGCAACGACGACGCCACCUACGCCGAGUGACAGGGCGCCGGUGGCUGUCUCCUCCCCACCCGCCGCUCCUCCGCGACUAAUAAAAGCCCCUGCACUCCCGAC